UUUCCCAGCAGGGCGCUUAUUCCAGGGCUGGGUCCUCCCCUGGCUGUGCUCUACACUAAUGACAAUUUCCCCUUAAUAGAUUACCUGUGCCAUUGUGGAGCUGACAUCUCACACUGGAGCCCUGCUUGGUCCCUUAUCAUGGGAGUGUGAGGAAUGAUCAUUCCCCACCGACACCGGUCAAUAGCAGUGAGUAAAAGGCAGGAAGGCAGGCAGACGAUAGCAGGAACAUGCCCCACAGAGGUGCUGUUAUUCUUGGGACAGGAGGCUACUGUGGAGGAGGAGGGGAGCUUGGAGGGUGGAUGGGGGGGUCCCGUCACUGCUGAUGCUGGCUGGGGCUCUGCAGCUGAAGAGAAGCAUUGGCUCAGGAUGGUCAAAGCUGGGAAGGGAAAAAGCGAGGAGGGAAAGGGACAAAGUGAGGGGAGCUGAGAGCCAGGCUGAAGAGCACAGACAGCCCAGCAACCUCUGGUGCAUGAGGGAUGCGGGAAGUGGGCUGUGGCUGAACAUGUGGACCAUCUCGGUGAUCAUCUUCUGGAUUUCAGCCGUUCUGAUCAGGGCUGUCCCUCCUGUCUGCGACCUCCUGAGUGUCCUGAAAAAGGAGGAAGAAAACUGUGCUGAGAUUUUGUCCCUGGAGGCAAGGAACAGAACACCUGAAAAUGAUCUCCUAAGCUCAGGCAGAUGUGCAGGAAUGUGGGAUAACAUGAGCUGCUGGCCUACGUCUGCUGUGGGAUACACUGUCAGUGCUCACUGCCCCAAAUUCUUCCAGAUGCUGACUGGGAAACAAGGUUUCGUCUAUCGAAACUGUACCAGCGAGGGUUGGUCCGAUCCAUAUCCAAGACCAGAUAUUGCUUGUGGCUACAACGUCAAUGACACAACAAACGAGGCGAGACGUUCCUACUUCAUGACCCUGAAGACAAUGUACACCGUUGGGUACUGCACCUCCCUGGUGACGCUGACAAUAGCCUUGGUGGUCCUGGCCUCUUUAAGGAGACUUCGCUGUACAAGGAACUACAUCCACAUGCAUCUCUUCACAUCGUUCAUUUUGCGAGCCUCAUCAAAUUUCAUCAAAGAUAAUGUUCUGUUUUCCUCUGAAGACACAAACUAUUGUGAGGCAUACACGGCUGGCUGUAAGCUUACCAUGGUCUUCUUUCAGUACUGCAUCAUGUCUAACUACAGCUGGCUCCUCGUGGAGGGUCUGUACCUCCACUCUCUCCUGGUCAUUUCCUUCUUCUCAGAAAGGAAGUUCCUUUGGUGGUUCAUCGCCCUGGGAUGGGGUGCCCCAACCGUCUUUGUUGCUGCAUGGGCGACUGCGAGACAGCUCAGUGAAAAUGUGGGGUGUUGGGAUGUUAACACGAAUGCCAAUACCUGGUGGAUCAUCAGAGGCCCCAUAGUUGCAUCUAUUUUUGUUAAUUUCAUUCUCUUUAUUGACAUUUUAAGGAUCCUGAUGAGGAAGCUCAGCUCACCUGAAGGACGGAGCAGUGAUUUCAACCAGUACAAGAGACUUGCCAAGUCCACACUUCUCCUCAUCCCACUCUUUGGGGUUCACUAUAUCAUCUUUGCUUUCUUCCCCGAAGAUGCGAGUAGCGGCACAAUGGAAAUCCAGCUGUUUUUUGAGUUGGCUCUUGGAUCAUUCCAGGGUUUUGUCGUGGCUGUACUGUAUUGUUUUCUUAACGGUGAGGUUCAGCUGGAAGUUCAGAGAAAAUGGAGGCAGUGGCACUUAAGCAAACACCUGCGCCAGCAGCUCAGCACCUCAGCGAGUAAUGGAGGAAGUGGCAUAACUCAAGAGAUGCAGGUGACCAAGGCAAGCCCACCACAGGACAGGAAAGCAACUCCCCAAAGGUCAAGUGUGCUUUAACACUGCACUUAAGGGAUGCCUCCAUGCUCAGAUACACAUGGUUAAAUCUCAUGGACUGUGCUGGGAGCCUUGUGUAUAUAUCCCACAGCAGGACUUGGCUGUAGACCAGCACUUCUUGAAGCACAUCUGUUCAUCUAUAUGCUGCGUAGCACCGGUGUUGUUUUACAAGGCAAAGUGGGCCAAAACACUAUUUUCUUCCUUGGGUUUCUGACCACAGUUAUUUACGUUUCUGUCCACGCUGAUUUUUUUAAGUUGCUGUUUGUACCUCAAAUGUAGCUCCUUGUUUUCUGUGUGGCUCCCUCCCAAUCCUAGGCCAGGCUGGUGGGUUUCAGAUGUUUUAUCUUCUGAUGUUGAAGCUAGAAGGAUAUUCAGCUUUGCAAGAUGUUAGUUACAAACCAUCCUUUGGUAAAGCCCUUGGGUUUCAUAUGCAAAGUCAAUUCAUGCUUAGAAUUUACCAGGGUUCCAGGUCCUUCAGUUAUGGAGGACAAUGAUGGACACAGUAAAUAGAAACCAUGGUCAAGCUUUUGCUUCAGCUGUGUCUAUACACGCAUUGCUUGGGUAUGCUCCAGUGAUGGCAAAGUUUUCUUUCUUUAGCCCUUCUAACAAUGUUGAUCUUGAAAAUAACAGUG